ACCUGAGGAGAGUGACUAGCUUCUGUGUGUCCCAGACCUGCAGCAUAGAACAAGGAUUCCACACCCCUGUUUGACAGAUUUGGAAACUCAGCAUAGGUGGCCACCUUCCACUGUGGAAGCUCAUGGACUCCAUUGGGUCUUCAGGGUUGCGGCAGGGGGAAGAAGCCCUGAGUUGCUCUGAGGAGGGCUUGCCCGGGCCCUCAGACAGCUCAGAGCUGGUGCAGGAGUGCCUGCAGCAGUUCAAGGUGACAAGGGCACAGCUACAGCAGAUCCAAGCCAGCCUCUUGGGUUCCAUGGAGCAGGCGCUGAGGGGACAGCCCAGCCCUGCCCCUGCGGUCCGGAUGCUGCCUACAUACGUGGGGUCCACCCCACAUGGCACUGAGCAAGGAGACUUCGUGGUGCUGGAGCUGGGGGCCACAGGGGCCUCACUGCGUGUUUUGUGGGUGACUCUAACUGGCAUUGAGGGGCAUAGGGUGGAGCCCAGAAGCCAGAAGUUUGUGAUCCCCCAAGAGGUGAUGCUGGGUGCUGGCCAGCAGCUCUUUGACUUUGCUGCCCACUGCCUGUCUGAGUUCCUGGAUGCGCAGCCUGUGAACAAACAGGGUCUGCAGCUUGGCUUCAGCUUCUCUUUCCCUUGUCACCAGACGGGCUUGGACAGGAGCACCCUCAUUUCCUGGACCAAAGGUUUUAGGUGCAGUGGUGUGGAAGGCCAGGAUGUGGUCCAGCUGCUGAGAGAUGCCAUUCGGAGGCAGGGGGCCUACAGCAUCGACGUGGUUGCUGUGGUGAACGACACAGUGGGCACCAUGAUGGGCUGUGAGCCGGGGGUCAGGCCGUGUGAGGUUGGGCUAGUUGUAGACACGGGCACCAAUGCGUGUUACAUGGAGGAGGCACGGCAUGUGGCAGUGCUGGACGAAGACCGGGGCCGCGUCUGCGUCAGCGUCGAGUGGGGCUCCUUCAGCGAUGAUGGGGCGCUGGGACCAGUGCUGACCACCUUCGACCACACCCUGGACCAUGAGUCCCUGAAUCCUGGUGCUCAGAGGUUUGAGAAGAUGAUCGGAGGCCUGUACCUGGGUGAGCUGGUGCGGCUGGUGCUGGCUCACUUGGCCCGGUGUGGGGUCCUCUUUGGUGGCUGCACCUCCCCUGCCCUGCUGAGCCAAGGCAGCAUCCUCCUGGAACACGUGGCUGAGAUGGAGGACCCCUCUACUGGGGCAGCCCGUGUCCAUGCUAUCCUGCAGGACUUGGGCCUGAGCCCUGGGGCUUCGGAUGUUGAGCUUGUGCAGCACGUGUGUGCGGCCGUGUGCACGCGGGCUGCCCAGCUCUGUGCUGCCGCCCUGGCCGCUGUUCUCUCCUGCCUCCAGCACAGCCGGGAGCAACAAACACUCCAGGUCGCUGUGGCCACCGGAGGCCGAGUGUGUGAGCGUCACCCCAGGUUCUGCAGCGUCCUGCAGGGGACAGUGAUGCUCCUGGCCCCGGAAUGCGAUGUCUCCUUCAUCCCCUCUGUGGAUGGUGGUGGCCGGGGAGUGGCGAUGGUGACUGCCGUGGCUGCCCGUCUGGCUGCCCACCGGCGCCUGCUGGAGCAGACCCUGGCCCCAUUCCGGUUGAACCAUGAUCAACUGGCUGCGGUUCAGGCACAGAUGCGGAAGGCCAUGGCCAAGGGGCUCCGAGGGGAGGCCUCCUCCCUUCGCAUGCUGCCCACUUUCGUCCGGGCCACGCCUGAUGGCAGCGAGCGAGGGGAUUUCCUGGCCCUGGACCUUGGGGGCACGAACUUCCGUGUCCUCCUGGUACGUGUGACCACAGGCGUGCAGAUCACCAGCGAGAUCUACUCCAUUCCCGAGACUGUGGCCCAGGGUUCUGGGCAGCAGCUCUUUGACCACAUCGUGGACUGCAUCGUGGACUUCCAGCAGAAGCAGGGCCUGAGCGGGCAGAGCCUCCCACUGGGUUUUACCUUCUCCUUCCCAUGUAGGCAGCUUGGCCUGGACCAGGGCAUCCUCCUGAACUGGACCAAGGGUUUCAAGGCAUCAGACUGCGAGGGCCAAGAUGUCGUGAGUCUGUUGCGGGAAGCCAUCACGCGCAGACAGGCAGUGGAGCUGAAUGUGGUUGCCAUUGUCAAUGACACGGUGGGGACCAUGAUGUCCUGUGGCUAUGAGGACCCCCGUUGCGAGAUAGGCCUCAUUGUCGGAACCGGCACCAAUGCCUGCUACAUGGAGGAGCUCCGGAAUGUGGCGGGCGUGCCUGGGGACUCAGGCCGCAUGUGCAUCAACAUGGAGUGGGGCGCCUUUGGGGACGAUGGCUCUCUGGCCAUGCUCAGCACCCGCUUUGAUGCAAGUGUGGACCAGGCGUCCAUCAACCCCGGCAAGCAGAGGUUUGAAAAGAUGAUCAGCGGCAUGUACCUGGGGGAGAUCGUCCGCCACAUCCUUUUACAUUUAACCAGCCUUGGCGUUCUCUUCCGGGGCCAGCAGAUCCAGCGCCUUCAGACCAGGGACAUCUUCAAGACCAAGUUCCUCUCUGAGAUCGAAAGUGACAGCCUGGCCCUGCGGCAGGUCCGAGCCAUCCUAGAGGAUCUGGGGCUACCCCUGACCUCAGAUGACGCCCUGAUGGUGCUAGAGGUGUGCCAGGCUGUGUCCCAGCGGGCUGCCCAGCUCUGUGGGGCGGGUGUAGCUGCCGUGGUGGAGAAGAUCCGGGAGAACCGGGGCCUGGAAGAGCUGGCAGUGUCUGUGGGGGUGGAUGGAACGCUCUACAAGCUGCACCCGCACUUCUCCAGCCUGGUGGCGGCCACGGUGCGGGAGCUGGCCCCUCGCUGUGUGGUCACGUUCCUGCAGUCAGAGGAUGGGUCCGGCAAAGGUGCAGCCUUGGUCACUGCUGUUGCCUGCCGCCUUGCGCAGUUGACUCGUGUCUGAGGAAAUCUCCAGGCUGAGGAGGUCUCCGCCGCAGCCUUGCUGGACCCGGGUCGGGGUCCGCCUGUUUCCCAGCCAGGCCCAGCCACCCAGGACUCCUGGGACAUCCCAUGUGUGACCCCUCUGCGGCCAUUUGGCCUUGCUCCCUGGCUUUCCCCGAGAGAAGUAGCACUCAGGUUAGCAAUAUAUAUAUAUAAUUUAUUUACA